AUGGCUAACGACACUGCAGUGAUCACUGCGGCGCACACCGCCGGCCUCGACGUCGUCUGGCCACGCGGCAGCCGCCUUGGCGAACGGCUCGAUCUCAUGGGACAGGCCGACGUUAUCUUCCUGCCGCAUGGCGCCGACGGCGCCAACCUUGUAUUCAUGCAGCCGUGCACACUCCUCGUUCAGUUGUGCCCGUGUGGCUACAGAGACAAGGACAGUUGCGAAGCACACUAUUUUGGAAACUUGGCAAGGGCCCUUGGUGGCGGGUAUGUAGCAGCCCACCUGCAGCACGACGAGAAUCCUACCUCACGACGUCAAUGCGUCGCGGCGAGGAAGAAGUGGAAUACUGCGACCAUGUUUGCGAGUGAACCAUUCUUGAUCGCCUUGCUGGCGCACGCAAUCAAUGAGUACCAACGCCUUUUCACCAAUUCCCAUGUGGCGGAGGGCGUGCGCUGGGGUGUUCAUGGGGUCCCGUACCAUGCGGAAUCGACCCUCAAGGAGCUUGUGAUGAAAGCGAGCGGCGACUUGAUCCUACCCACGGAACUGCUGGCGUUUUGCUAA